AUGUCUAGUGCCACACCACCACCCAUAACCACCAACGCGGCACCCAGCACGCAGCCGCCUGCACAUGCCAGUGCGCGCGUCGGCAGCCCCAUCUACAACUUUACCAUCUCCGACCCCGAAACGGCAGCGACAUUCGACGUGCCCGCGUCGACCGUCAUCGCCGCCCGCAAGGCUGCGAACCCGGCCAAGGUGGUCUACACGGCGCUCGGCACGGGCGCAAUCGUCUUCAACCGCGCCCGGACCGCCGUGCUGCUCGUCCAGCGCUCGGCGGCCGAUAGCAUGCCGAACCUGUGGGAGGUGCCGGGCGGCGGGGUGGACGACUCGGACGCCACGGUCGUGCACGCCGUCGCGCGGGAGCUGUGGGAGGAGGCCGGGUUGGUGGCGCGGCGCAUCGGGGCAGUGGUGCCUGCCGUGGAGGGCGGGCCGGCCGAGUUCGUCUUUGCGACGAGGAGUGGCAGGAUCGUGGCCAAGUUUCAUUUUCUGAUCGAGGCGGACGGAGACGAGAAUGACGUCAGGCUGGAUCCCCAUGAGCACCAAGCUUGUGUCUGGGCAACCGAGGAGGAGUGCAGGGAUGAGAAGAUGAAGACUGGGCUGGGGAUCCCGUUCACGACAAAAUCCCAAAAGGCAACGGUGCUGCAGGCUUGGAGGAUGAUGCGGGAGGGAAGGGAUGGUCUCGGUGGUACUGUGGAUGGACCUUAA